AAAGCCUAAGAGACUAUUUCAGUAAAUUUGGGGAAAUAACAGAAGUCAUGGUCAUGAAAGAUCCCACAACUAGGAGGUCGAGAGGAUUUGGGUUCAUCACUUUCUCAGAUCCAGCCAGUGUAGACAAGGUUUUAGCUCAUGGAACGCACGAGUUAGAUGGUAAAAAGAUUGAUCCAAAAGUUGCAUUUCCUAGACGAGCACAUCCAA